AUGGACACCGAUGUCACCGUCAACUCGCUAGUGCGGACGAUGCGUGAGUUCCUCACCCUUUGGAUCGAGCAAGCCCUUUACUACUACCACGUUUACGACCAGCGCACCUACAGCCAGAUCCGGACAUUCGAGAUCGUUGUCUACCGCAACCGCAACCCCGCCGUACGCCAGUACCUCGACCUGUUGGUGGAAAACAUCGUUGACCAUCUCGACUCGCUCAAGCAGGUGGUAUGUGUGAUAGAGGACCUGAGCCGGACACGGGUGGCGGAGUACGUGGUGGAAAUGGCGAACGUGGUGGUGCCUCUCCCGCUGGGACCGACCGAAAUUGCCAUUGACGGCUUUGGCUGGGCCGAAAUUUAUACUCAAUUGAACCUGGUGAUGCACAACCACGUGGACCAAGUGAAGCGGGUACCUCAGCAGCUGGGGCUUUCAUUUGCAGUGGAAGUGGUACUGAAGGAGGGCCUUGUCACCAAAGGGUGGACCCGAGUGCCAUCCCGGCCGGAGACGGUGGUGGCCAUGGCAGGCGAGGUGACAAUGAAGCUCUGGGAGUUUGAUGUUUACCAAGCUAAGGUCAAAGAUGAUUCGACUUCGUCAUCAAAGGAUGCCAACUGA